UUAAAUUAAACUCCUAGAUCCCAUCUACAUUACACCAAAUUAUAGUCAUUCAAAACAAGGUGCUUAACUUAAUUAGCUUAGUUUAACUUUCUUCCUUCACCUCUUCUUCUCUCCUCUCUCUCUCCUCCACCUUUUCCAUCACCAACCCCCUCUCCACCCACUUCACCUUAAAACCCUUAUUUCUCCCCCUCCCACUUUUCCAAACACACCCUUUUAUUUCUCUCUCCUUUAAAAAUAAACACCAAUUUACACAACCAAAAAAAAAAAAAAAAAACAAAAACAAAAACAAAUUAGUAGUACAUAAAAUCAUAUAUCAUGACUCUUCUUGUUAUUAUCCCUGCUUCACUGCUCUUGCUUUUCUUGGCCUAUAACUUAUUCGAACGAUUUAGAUACAAGUUACCGCCCGGUCCGAAACCGUGGCCGGUAGUCGGUAACAUAUACGACAUCGGGCCGGUUCGGUGCCAGUGUUUCCACGAAUGGGCCCAAAAGUACGGCCCAAUACUCUCGUUUCGACUAGGGACGAAGCUGAACGUCAUCGUUUCGAAUGCGGAACUUGCAAAACAAGUAUUGAAAGAAAAUGAUCAAACAUUGGCUGAUAGACAUAGAAGUAGAUCAUCUGCUAGAUUUAGUAAAGAUGGUAAAGAUCUUAUUUGGGCCGAUUAUGGGCCUCAUUAUGUUAAGGUUAGGAAGGCCUGUACUUUGGAGCUUUUUACCCAGAAAAGACUUGAGGCUCUUCGGCCCAUUAGAGAAGAUGAAGUUACUGCUAUGAUUGAAUCUCUCUUCAACGAUUGCACUAAACCUGAAAACAAAGGAAAGCCCCUUAAAGUAAGGCGAUACAUAGGGACAGUGUCAUUUAACAACAUCACAAGGCUAACUUUUGGGAAGAGGUUUAUAAAUGAUAAGGGAGAAUUGGAUCCCUUAGGAAAGGAAUUCAAGGGUAUAUUAUCUAGUGGGUUUAAAAGUAGCAAGACAAGCUUCUUGGCCGAGCACCUACCGUGGCUAAGAUGGUUGUUGGUGCCUCUCGACAAAGAAAAGGGUGAGGCUGCUGUGCACAAUACUCGGUUGGAUCGAUUCACUCGAGAAAUCAUGGAGGAGCAUGCUAAAGCCAAGUCUCAAAACAUUGGUGGUGUAAAGCAACAUUUUGUUGAUGCCUUGCUUGGCCUAAAGGAUGAGUAUGAUCUUAGUGAAGACACCGUGAUUGGGCUUCUUUGGGACAUGGUCAUUGCUGGAAUGGACACAGUUUCAAUCUCGGUUGAGUGGGCUUUAGCCGAGCUAAUAAAGAACCCAAGAGUACAAAAGAAGGCUCAAGAAGAGCUAGACCGGGUUAUUGGGCAGGAUCGAAUCAUGACUGAAGAAGAUUUCUCGAACCUUCCCUACUUACAAGCUCUAGCCAAGGAGUCCCUAAGGCUUCAUCCUCCAACCCCUCUUAUGUUGCCCCACAAGGCCAAAGCUCAUGUCAAGAUUGGUGGAUAUGAUGUUCCUAAGGGCUCGAUUGUCUACGUAAAUGUUUGGGGUUUGGGCCGUGACCCCAAUGCUUGGCGCGAUCCUCAAGAGUUCAGGCCAGAACGGUUCUUUGAAGAGGAUAUCGACAUGAAGGGUCAUGAUUUCCGGUUACUUCCCUUUGGUGCAGGUAGACGUAUCUGCCCGGGAACACAACUAGGCAUAAAUUUGGUCACAUCAAUGUUGGGUCAUCUCUUGCAUCAUUUCGAUUGGAAACCACCAAAUGAUGAGGAGAUUGAAAUGAAGGAAGCCCCCGGAAUUGUCACCUACAUGAGCACCCCUCUACAAGCUAUAUUUUCGCCAAGGUUACCAGCAGAGCACUUGUAUAAACGUGUACCAGUGGAUGUGUAAUUUUCGUAGCAUUUGUAGUUUGCAUACCUGAGUUUAUCAAAAGAAGUAAGGAAAAGAAAUAAUGCAAGGCCACUAUAUAUUUUUGUAUUUUUACCAUGUGUAGUUUCUGUGUACAAGAGAAACAGGAGUUUCACCUUGUUAUGAUUUACUUCCAAGUGGUUUAGUGCA